AUGGUGCAAGGUGCCACCGAGGCUAGUGGCAACGACGCCGCCAUUCGUGGCCUUGGUUGCCUUCAAAGUGGCACAGAAGUUGAUUUCGAGUCCAGUGAGAUAGAAAUUGAUGGAGAUGACUUUUCUAGCGAGGAAGAAUUUGAAUUGUCAGAUGGAUUCGACGCGGAAGACAGUGAUACAGCCCACGAAAACGUCGAGGAUCACGAGUACAACGUUUCGAUGAGUGGAGGAGAUAUUUCCCUGAAGAUCACGCUCUUCACCACGAAAGAACUUGACAGCCCUGGUUGGGUGGAAAACCUCUGUGCCGAAUGUAACAGAGAUGGGGUGUUAGUCGGCAAUGUCCUGGCGAGGCUUAUCUGGCGGGGAGCCGUGCGUCCCCAAUUCUGGCAGCGAAUGGAGGAACUCAGCCAGGACACUUCAGAUAUUGCUCUGAAGAUCUUCAACAGAUAUGGAAUUGUCAAACCAAAUCUCAAACAUCAUCCGAUCCAGAAGGGCUCCGGUGUAUGGCAAACCGAACUCGACAACGGCCCUCUCGCUACAAUCGAAUACGUGCAUGUCAUUCCAUCCGACCUGCGUCGAAAGGGAUUGGGGUCCAAGAUGUUGGAACUACUCUUGGCAAAGGCACAAGGCUAUAUCGCUGCCCAAACACAGACUGAUCCGUCUCUUGCAUUAUUUCAAACCCCACAGUCAAAGCUUGACUGUUCAAGCUCACUCCAUGUGCUCACGCUCCCUGGUUGGCUUCGAGCUGACGUUGAACCACGGCGAGAAGGCCAACCUCACCGUGAACAGCACCGCAUAAACAGCGAAGCGCACGAUGCAGCGGUGUCAUUUUUUCGCUCCUGCGGGUUCCGGCGCCUAGGCAUAUCUGGCUGUUUCGCCUACUCCUUCCAACCCAACCACCCAUCUCGGACACUCCUCGUCAACGACGACGUUGACCCACCUUUCUGCGCCGUUGACGAAUACGAAGGUUUCAUAAACCCUGAAAAUGGCGAGACCAUGCAAUCGAACAUGGAGCGGUACCGGCUGGACAGCCUGAAAGCCAGUCACCCAUUUCAUCACGCCGCAGAAACGCUAAGUGACGAGGAUUGCCUAACGUUUCUCAAGUACCAUGCCAGUAGCGUCGGCUCGGCUCUACCGAACAACACCCAAUCUACUCUCUUGCAUUCAAUUGCGCGUGCUAUAAAGCCUCGCAGCCUGCAAUGGAUCAUAGACAACGUACAAGAGGCACGCAAGUGGCAAUCAUCCCGCGAUAUGCAGGGCUUCACGCCUAUCGAGGCGCUCAAGGAGAAGCUUGAAAGCAGUCGGUCAACACGGCAGGUUAUGCUUAUGACGCUGAUUGUCUCUGAUCAGUUCAAAGGGUUCGGGACUGAAGCUGUCUGGUGCCUCGAGCUACUCUCGACACGCGAUGGUAACUCAACUCGGCUGUCAACGCUUGAGCUUCAACGCCUCAAAUACGGCUGCACAUGUGGAUCAUGCUUGGAGGGCUUUCUCUCGCCGCGUAUGGCUUUUGCUUUGUAUUGGAAAGGUGGUGAACUUGGCGAUAUGCUCUCAGAUUUCUCCAUGAGCGACGGCAAGAACUGGGUCGAGUGGCAUGAGGAUGCUAUCGCUUAUCUCGCCAGGGAUGUUCAAGCAAACCUCCAGACUAAUAAAUCCCUACGCUGUGGCUUUGGAAACACCUUCUCCCUUGCCGCCCAUUGUCUAGAGCGCAAAAUUAUCCCGCGAACCCCGAGUAUACUCGAGCAACUUGAUGACGAGGGCGAAUGGCCUCCGCACACAAAGAACUUCUUCAAGCGGGCGGGCGUCGACGGUGUAAACGCUGCCCUUCUUUAUCUUCUCGAGGCCACCGAAAUGCAAGACGAGAUGGCUGGGGAUGGAGAAUCCCGGCUUUUGGACGUCCAGGAUUACACAAAGUUGCCCCUUUGCCGGAACGAUCAUGAGUUCGGGUUUGUUUCAGUUUCUUGGGGGCUUCGAGAUGAUUAUCCUCUGUACUGA